AUGCCCGUCGGAAUGACGCAGAUGUUGUCCAGCAGCAGCGCCGCCGCCGCCGCGAUUUCCGGAGCCUCAUCCUCAUCAGCCACAGCGGCAGCCGCAGCGGCAGCAGUGACGGCAGCAGCAGCAGCAGCAGCAGGAGGAGGAGGAGGAGCUCGCGCCGCGCCGCACCUCCCGCCGCCGCCGCCGCCGCCCGCGGCGCACACGCUGGCGCCGUUUCUGAGCAAGACGUACGAGCUGGUGGACGACGCGGCGACGGACGGCGUGGUGGCGUGGACGGGCAGCGGCGUGAGCUUCGUGGUGUGGCAGCCCGCGGAGUUCGCGCGCGACCUGCUGCCGCUCUACUUCAAGCACAGCAACUUCUCCAGCUUCGUGCGCCAACUCAACACUUACGUGCGUGGUGGGCACCGUCACCUCGAGGCAGCGAGUAGUCAAACCCUGGUGGGGGAAACAGCUGCUGCUGCUGCUGUGUCCGCGUUGACUGGGUUGACCGGGUUGACUGGGAUGACUGGAGUUGCUGGGGUGACUGGGAUGACUGGGGUGGCGACGGCCAUGCCUGGUGGAUUGGCUGCUACAGCUGGGAUGACUGCGAUGACUGGGAUGGCUGCUACGUCCAGAAUGGCUGCUACAACCGGAAUGGCUGCUACAGCCGGAAUGGCUGCUACAGCCGGAAUGGCUGCUACAGCCGGAAUGGCUGCUACAGCCGGAUUGGCUGCUACAGCCGGAUUGGCUGCUACAGCCGGAUUGGCUGCAAGUGGGAUGACAGGAAUGGCUGCUACAGCUGGAGUGACUGGGAUGGCUGGAUUGACUGGCAACUUGACUGCUGGCAUGGCCGCUACAGCUGGCAUGGCCGCUACAGCCGGCGUAGCUGGCAGCAAGGCCGGCAGCAUGGCCGGCAGCAUGGCUCCGUACAGUGUGCCGAGUCUCAUGCUCGACGCGGGCGCGCGCGGUAUGGGCGCAUUCGGCCUGGUGGAAGAGCCAAGCCACCUGGGGAUGGGGGGCGACAGAGUCGCACUGCUGCGCCGUUCAGCCGCGGGGGCGGGGCCGGUGGGAGCGCCGGGGGCGGCGGGGGCGGCGGGGAACAACACGGUGGAACUCGGCGCGUUCGGGCUGUCGGGGGAGGAGCUGAGCCAACUGCGGGAAGGGUUGGACAGAGGCGCGCUGCUGCGCCACCAGCGUUCCGCCGGAGCUGCGGGCGCGGGCGCGGGGGCGGCCGUGGGCGCGGGAGCGGGGCCGGCGGGGCUGGGAGCGCCGGGGGCGGCGGGGAACACGGUGGAGCUGGGCGCGUUCGGGCUGUCGGAGGAGCUGAGCCAACUGCGGCGCGACCGCGGGGUGUUGAUGCGCGAGCUGCUGCGCUCGCGGCAGCAGGCGGCGGCGAGCGCGGAGAAGCUUGCGCUGCUGGAGGCGAACAUGGCGGCGCAGGAGCAGCGGCAGGCGCACAUGACGGCGUUUCUCGCGCACGCGCUCAACAACCCCGCGUUCCUCGCGGGGAUCGCGCAGCUGCAGGGGCAGCACGCGCUGCUGCGCGCUAGCCGCGACAGCAGCAGCAGCGGAAGCGGGAGCGCGGGGAACGGCGGACUCGGCGGAAUCGGCGGAAUCGGCGGGAUCGGCGGGAAGAACGGGAUCGGGGGGAUCGGGGGAAGCGGCGGAAACGGGACAGGCGCGGGGAAGGGGAGUCCGAAGAGGGCUAGUAUCAGCCCGAGCAUGGAAAUGGGCAUGAAUGCUCGCAAGGGGAUUCGAGGCAUGGAGGGUAUGGGAGGGAUAGGAGAGGGGGAAGAAUUGGGGGCGGUGAAAGGAAUCGGGGGAAUGGGGGACAGUGUGGGUGCACGUGGUGCGAGAAUGAACCUGUUUCCCCCGCAUGGCAGCAAAGAGCAGGUAGCAGCAGGAGGAGCAGGAGGAGGAGCAGGAGGAGCAGCAGCAGGGGGAGCAGGAGGAGCAGCAGCAGGGGGAGCAGGGAGAGGGGUGUAUUUCGUGAGUGGGGCGGGCAACAUGGGCAUGCACUCACACAUCUUUUUCAAGCGCCAUAAGAACAGCAGUGGCACCAGUGCCGGUGCUGGUCCUGGUGCUGCUGCUGGUGGUGGUGGUGGUGGUGGGGAGGAGGGGGCUGCGUUUGGCAGUGGCAGCAGCAGCAUGGGCGCCGCUGCGACUGCGUUUGACCAUGGCGGUGCGGAGCCGUCCAGGAGCUUUCUCCCUGGGCUUUCAGGCAACGACCUGCAUCACCUCUUCCCACCCCCUGCUGCUUCUGAUGCUGCUGCUGCUGCUGAUGGUGCUGCUGCUGCUGCUGCUGCUGCUGCUGCUGCUGCUGCAACUGCUGCUGCAUCCGCCUCUGCUGCCACCGCUGAGAAGGCCGCUGCCAACAGCAACAACCUGAGCACUCAGCAGCAGCAGGAGCAGGGCGAGCAGACUCACAGUCCCGAGGCCGCUUAUAACGAGUAUGGGCUCAGCGAGCCACUGGCCAACCCGUUUGGCCGCCCGCCGCCGCCCGGAUUCACCAUGGAGCGGUUUGACGUGCUGGGCGGGCAGCUGGUGUCGUAUCUGACGCCCAGGGGCGCUGCUGCUGCCAGUGCUGCCGUGGCUGCUGCUGCUGCCGGCCCUCUCGGAGGGUCCCUCGGGGGAAGCCUUGAAGGGGGGCUAAACGGGGGCUUUACAGGGCACUUUGGGUCCCUUCCAAGGCAGCUUACAGGCUCAAUUGGUGGGCCCACUGCAGGGCAGCUUGCGGGGGCGUUUGGAGGGGUGGCUGGAGCAGAGGGGGUGUAUGAUAGCGUGUUUGGGGAGGGUGUUGGCGGGAGUCUGAACCUGGAUGGCAAUGGUGGGGGUCCGAGCAGUGGAGGUAUUUGGGGGGGAUUUGAGGGAGGGCAGAGAACGGGUGGAGCAGAGAAGAUGUAUGAGCGAAUGUUUGGGGGCGCAUCACUAGCAGCAUCACUGGCAGCAUCAAGCACGGCCACUGCUUCUGCAGCAGCAGCAGUGGGGACGGGUAUGGGCAUGGGCACGAGUAUGGGGGCAGCAGCAGCGAUGGCAGCUUUUGAGGCGCCUCAAACGUUGGCAGGGGGUUUCCUUGCAGGAACAGCCGGCCUGGGAUUGACAGGAGGAGGCCCGACAGUGGGAAGUUUGGGAGGAGCAGCGUCAGGCUUGGCAAGUGGGUUAUCUGGGGUGUGGAGUCUGGGUGCGUCUGUCACUCCCUCCCUGCUUUCACCCCCUGGGUUGCCAACACUCGUGCCUCCCGUGCUGCCACCAGCAGCUGCAGCAGUAGCAGCUGCAGCAGCAGCAGCAGCUGCAGCAGCAGCAGCAGCAGCAGCAGCAGCAGCAGCGGGAGGAGGUUCUAUGUCCGCUGCUGCUGCUCUGAAUGCGGCUGCUCUGUCCGCUGCUGCUCGCAAAGCAGAUCUGGCGCGAGCAGCAGCAGCAGCCGCAGCUGCGUUUUCCUCCGCUGCUCCUGCUGCUGCUUCUGCUGCUGCUACUGCCGCUGCUACUGCCGCUGCUUCUGCUGCCGCUUCUGCUGCUGCUUUCGAGGCGCCUGUAGUGGGAACGUCAGGAGCAGCAUUCACUGCAACGGCUGCUGCAGCAGCACUGGCGUCAGCUGACCAAAACUCUCUACUGACACUGACUUCUCUGCCACCCCAGCCUGUGCCUCCGUCUCUGCACCUCUCAUCUGCUCUCCUUCUCUCCUCUCUCCUCGCCUCCUCCCACCUCGCCUCCUCCCACCUCGCCUCCUCCCACCUCGCCUCCUCCCACCUCGCCUCCUCCCACCUCGCCUCCUCCCACCUCUCCGCCUCCUUCCUCUCCUCUAAGGCUCUCUCACUCUCUCCAGCAGAAAUCUUCGCUGCCGAAGCAACUUACUGCACGGCCACUGCCAUGCCUCCUCCCACUAUCCCCGCUCACUCUUUCCCCAGUCGCCCGCCUGCAGUGAAUCCCAUCCAGCACCCUGCUGUUCUAACUCCCUUGACCUCCACCCUCACCCCUCCCCACCCGUGCCCUCGUAGUCCUCCCCCUCUUGCUGGGGCUCUGCCGGUUGGCAUGCCUCCCACUCUACCUCCCACUCUUGCUCCCCCCCUUACUGCUUCAACCCUCGCUGCUUCAACCCUCGCUGCUUCAACCCUCGCUGCUUCAACCCUCGCUGCUUCAACCCUUGCUGCUUCAACCCUCGCUCCUUCAAAUCUCGCUGCUUCAACCCUCGCUGCUUCAACCCUCGCUGCUUCGAGUCUUGCUGCCUCAACCCUCGCUGCUUCAACCCUCGCUGCUUCAACCCUCGCUGCUUCAACCCUCGCUGCUUCAAAUCUCGCUGCUUCGAGUCUUGCUGCCUCGACCCUCGCCCCUGUGCUACCUGCAACGCCCAUCUCUCUGGACUCACUCGCUACAACCACGUCAACUUCAGCCGCUGCAGCUGCUACAGCUGCUACAGCCAACUCGUUUGAUGACGUGGCUCUAGCAGGUAGAGCCGCUACAGCUGCCGCCCUGGCUGCUACAGCUGGGAGCGUGGGGAUGGGUGCUACAGCUGUGAGCAUGGGGAUGGGUGCUACAGCUGCGAGCAUGGGGAUGAGUCAGAAUGCGUCUGCGGUGUUCAGAGGAGAGGGGGAGGCUGAUGAUGAGGCGUUUUGGCAGCAGCUGCUGAGUGAAGGGGGGCAGUGA